GUCCGGGUUGCGGCCGUAAUGCAAAAUCGCCUCAUUGGUCACACCGGCCCUGGAUUUUCUCCGCACCGACCAGGGCCUUCUAUUACGUCCACCACUCCCCGACUCUCCAUUUCUUUGUUUAGGCUAUGUCCGUAAACAAGUGGUCCUUACUAGAUUACUAAGGUAGGUAACACAUGUCUCUUGGACUCUAUGCACGUAGGCUAUCGAGAGGAGACGGGAAGACAUUCUUGCGUUGAUGGCGCCACCACCAUCAUCAACCCAAGGAGUCCCGAAGGACACGGAGGUCGACGAGGUACAAAAGGAUGGACAAUCCAACAACGAAACCCAGAAACCCAGCAUCACAGACAAAGCGAUACUUCCAAGCCUCUCGAACCUUCAAGAUUUCUUCUAUCUAGCUACAGGGCUAGCCUUGCCAUACGCAACUCAUCCUUUGACCGCCAUUGAAAUAUUCUUCCCUGGUCUUGUCAACAUGUGGCCAUUCAACACCAGCAAAUCAUUCAACCCCGAAAAGGACAUCCCCAGUCUCAGCGACAAGGUUAUCCUCGUUACUGGAGGCAAUGCUGGCCUGGGCAAAGAAACUGUCCUCCAGCUCGCAAAGCACAACCCGCACAAGAUUUUCCUAGCAUCCCGCACAGAAGCCAAAGCCAACGAAGCCAUUGCUUCCAUCAAAUCCAGCAUCCCGCAAGGUGUCGACAUCGAGUUCCUACCACUCGACCUGGCUUCCUUGCCGUCCAUCCACAAAGCAGCCGACCAAGUGGCCAGUCGCACCGACAGACUUGACAUCUUGAUUCUCAAUGCCGGCAUCAUGGCCGUCCCCGCCGGAAAGACUGCCUCGGGACAGGAGAUCCAGCUGGGCACCAACCACGUCGGCCACUUUCUGCUGACCAAGCUUCUUCUCCCGUUGCUUCAAAAGACGGCAAAUCAAUACAACCAAGACGUCCGAGUUAUUUCGCUCUCGUCCGAGGCGUGGAACCUUGGUCCCAAGCUCGACACCAUCCUAUCGACGGAGAAGCUCUCAGCUCAAGGCCCAUGGGCACGCUACGGGGCCUCGAAGGCAGCAAACAUCAUGUUCGCGGCCGAGUUCGCACGUCGGUAUCCAGCUUUCACCGCCGUGUCGCUGCACCCUGGUAUGAUCCACACAGACCUGUAUGCCGCCAACUCCCAGACGAACCCGCUCGUCAGGUACGGAUCCAAGUUGAUCGGCCCACUUAUCUUCCAGUCCAUCGAGGCGGGAGCAUUCAACACCUUGUGGCUUUCGGCCGGUGCGAAGAAGGAAGAGCUGAAGAAUGGACAGUAUUACACCCCCGUCGGGAAGUUACAGAACAACAAAUGGGCAACGGACGCCGAGGCAGGCAAGAAACUGUGGGAUUGGACCGAGCAAGAACUCAAAAAGGCCGGGUACUGAGUUACUACAUCGACUUAGUUCUUUUCUCUACGAUGUUUGUUUGGGCGUAUUUGAGCGCGGCGAUUAGACUUGAUGGAAUCAUGUAGUAAUAGCGAUACCCUAAACUGGUUACAAAUGGAUCUCUCAACUUGAAAAU